GGUCCCCAAGGAGGAAAGUCGCCUAGUCGCCGCGCGCGUCGACCCAUAGCCGCCGUGACCGCUUCGUCGACUAGGCUGCUAAUUAGCAUACUCACCUGCCGGUUAUCAGCCACAACCAAUCCACGACUCACCGGCCGGUUAAUCAUGGAGGCGACGUCGCUGAGCGUUGGAAGGUCCGUGCUAAAUGGAGCGCUUAGCUACGCCAAAUCAGCGGUGGCGGAGGAGUUGGCUCUGCAGCUAGGCGUGGGGCGCGACCAGGCCUUCAUCACCGGGGAGCUGGAGAUGAUGCAAUCUUUCCUCGUGAUGGCGCACGACGAGGGAGACGACAAUAACCAGGUGGUGAAGACCUGGGUGAAUCAGGUCCGCGACGUGGCCUACAUCGUCGAGGACUGUCUCCAGGAUUUCGCCAUUCGUGUUGACAGGCAACCAUGGUGGCGCACCCUGAUACACCGGCACAAUGUGGCAAAUCAGAUGAAAGAGCUCAGGGCCCAAGUGGACGAUGUCAGCCAGAGGAACAUACGCUACCAGCUCAUCAAGGGCCCCUCAGAUGCUGCUUCUUCUUCCUCCUCCAAGCAGCCAGCAGCUGACAAAUCAUCAACGGCGUUAGUGUUUGGCAUCCAUGGUGCCGCGGAGCAGCACAAUCAAUCAAACAUGGAUCUUUCCGAGCUCCUCAUGGCCAGCUGCAAGGAUGAAAACUGUGUCCUUGCGCUUGGGGUGAUUGCCGUGUGGGGAACAAGUGCUGAUCUCGGGCAGACAUCCAUCAUCAGUGAAGUCUACGAGAAUCAAGAUGUCACAACCAAAUUUCCAUGCAGAGCUUGGGUUAGGCUGACACAUCCUUUUGAUCCAAAGGACUUCAUCCAAAGCUUAGUGGAGCAGUUUCAUCAUAGCACAUCAGUUGCUGCUAUGUUGGAAAUGGACCAGAAGGCGCCGCAACAACUAGCUCAGGAGUUUGAUGGGUAUGUGAACAAGAAGAGGUAUCUGAUAGUAAUCAAUGACCUAUCCACCAUUGAGGAGUGGCAUCGGGUCAAAAGGUGCUUCCCAGACAACAACAUGGGGUGCAGAAUCAUAGUGUCCACGCAACAAGCUGAAGUUGCGACCUUAUGUGCAGGGCAAGGAUACAACAUAUCAAAGCUCAAGCAAUUGUCAGCUCACCAGAAUAUCUAUGCUUUCCACAACAUGCGCUCAGAACAUGAAACAUCAGAUUUAACUGGGACAAGUUCAUGCUCAAAAGGAGACACUAUCAAUAGUACUGACAACUCAGCAGUGCCUAAUGGUGAGAUAACUGAGGAUUUAUCUGCAGACGGUGUUGAUGGAAAGAGCCUCACUUGGAACAGCAUAAUGGAAUCUCGUAUUGUGGGGCGAGCUCAAGAGAAAGAAGAUAUUAUUAUUAAACUAAUACCUCAAGAAGCCACUAAGAAGUUUCAGGUGAUCUCCAUUUGGGGAAUGGGUGGCCUUGGGAAAACCACUCUAGUGGAAGAUGUGUAUCAAAGCAAAGAACUCAGUGACAAGUUUGACAAGCGCGCUUGUGCCACAAUUUUGCGUCCUUUCAGUCUUGUAGAGCUCCUUAGAAGCUUAUUUGUGCAACUUGACACGGAAACUUCUGAGAAGAAGGCUGCCGUGGGUUUACCUGCAGGCCAAAGGAAGAAAUUACCAUCAUCAAUGACAAUUGCUGAGUUGGUCAAGGAGUUAGCAAUACUGGUAGAAAAAAAGAGAUGCCUUAUUGUUCUUGAUGAUGUAUCAUCUACUGCAGAAUGGGAUCAGCUAAUACAACUAGAUAGUUUCCUUAUGAUGGAAAAUACAAGCCGAAUCAUAGUCACCACAAGGGAGAAGAGUAUUGCUUUACAUUGUUCAGAGAAGAGACAAGAAAAUGUGUACAAGCUCAAUGAUCUAGGGUACAAGUAUGCACGUGAGCUAUUCAUUAAAAAGGUAUUUAAAAAGAUUGUAGAUUUGGACAAGCAAUAUCCACAGCUAGUUGAACCAACCGAACUGAUUCUGAAGAAGUGUGGCCAACUACCCCUUGCAAUAGUCACCAUAGGUGGCUUCUUGGCAGACCAGCCAAAAACUUUCAUUGAGUGGAGGAAAUUUUAUGAUCACAUCAGUGCUGAGAUGGAAAUGAAUCCAGAGCUUACAACCAUAAGAACCGUCCUUAUGAAAAGCUAUGAUGGUCUACCCUACCACCUCAAGUCUUGUUUCUUGUAUACAUCCAUCUUUUCUGAAGACCGUAAGCUUGACCGGAGACGCUUGGUGCUUCGGUGGACUGCAGAGGGGUACUCAAGGGAGGUGCGUGAUAAGUCAGCGGAGGAAGUGUCAGAUGGCUACUUCAUGGAACUUAUAGGCAGGAGCAUGAUACUGCCAUCUCAAAAAUCAUUUCAUAGUAUAAAAGGAAUUGAUUCCUGCCAAGUCCAUGACCUCAUUCGUGAAAUAAGCAUCUCAAAAUCUACGGAAGAAAACCUUGUUUUGAGACUAGAGAAAGGUUGUAAGCUGAAUAGCCAGCAGGGCAAUGCACGCCAUCUUGCUAUAAAUGGCAAUUGGGAAGGAGAGCAGAGUGAUUUUGAGAGGAUGGUGGACAUGCCCCGUGUACGGUCAGUAACAGUUUUUGGGAAGUGGAGGCCAUUCUUCAUGUCGGUGAAGAUGAGGAUGCUACGAGUUCUGGACUUGGAAGACACGACAGGUCUUGUCGAUCAUCAUUUGAAGCAUAUUGGGAAGCUUCUUCACCUAAUAUACUUAUCUCUGAGAGGAUGUGAAGAUAUUUAUCACCUGCCAGAUUCAAUUGGUAACCUGAUGCAACUGCAAACACUUGAUAUCAGAGGUACCUCCAUAGUGAUACUGCCGAGAAGCAUCGUCAAGCUUCGGAAGCUGCAAUAUCUUCGUUCCAGCAACCAGCUUACAUGGUGUCUUGGACCGAUAAGCAACUCUGAUUCACAUCCUUAUUUGAAGACAUGCGUGGGUUUUUGUAUUGGAUGUUGCAUACCUCGGGAAGUAAUACAAACAGAUGGCUGCAACAGGCGUGAUGUAUGCACCUUCACAUGGUGCGCGGCAAUCCCUUUUCUGGUGGGAGGGCAUGGCAAUGAUGUUGGCGUGAGGGUGCCAAGAGGGAUGAGGAGAAUGAAGGCCCUGCAUACAUUACAGGGUGUGGACCUGGUCGCGUCCGGAGGCAUUGCUUUUCUGCGGAACAUCAAAGGAGGACUCAUGGGCCUGCGUAAGCUAGGAGUGGUCCGCCUACAAGAGAAGCAUGCUUCAGAGUUUUGUGCUGUCGUUUCCAGUCUCAACCUCCUAGAGUCAUUGUCAGUGACUUCAGAGCGUGGACACGAUUUGCUUCUGGGUGGCAUUUCCUCGCCUCCAACUAACCUUCGGAACCUCAAGCUGGUAGUUAGAAGGUACUCCAUGGAAAGCAUGGCCAAAUUGCCGAAAUGGGUCAAGAAGCUUGAGAACCUUGUAAAGUUGAGGAUCGAAUUCGCAACAUCUGGCCAAGAGGAGCAGGAUGCUGCUAUAGGAGCCCUGGGGAAUCUACCAAGCCUAGCAGUUCUGCGUCUGAAGGUGUUUGCUUUCAAUGGUGAAAAACUACAUUUUGGGGCGGAGGAAUUCCGGAGCAUCGUCGUGCUGGAGCUUGAAUUCACAGAGAACACAAGGUUGGUUGAGUUUGAGGAGGGAGCAAUGCCCAAACUCCAGCAGCUUCUCCUCCAUUGUCCGGAUAUCAGGACUGAGUUUCUUGGAGUGGACUCUCUCGGAAGCAUCAAGGAAGUAGGGAUCACCGAGCAUCUUAUCACCGAGGAGUUGCGGGCCCAGGUCGCAUUGAAUAGAAACAAGCCAAUCCUGAAUAAAUUAUAAGCUCUCUCUCUUCAUGGCAGGGCAGGCAUCUGUUGUAAACGUAUUUGUAUUAUUAUUUUUUCUGUAUCUUAAUUUGGUCGAUACAGUAUGGGUACAUGUAUAUUGUCAUGGGUAGGGUAAUACUAAUACAUGCAUCCUUUUUAUUC